UUGUCUAGCAGUGUUAUUUUCAAUACCGUAAUAAGCGCGCGUGCGUGUUGCAGAGCUGUCAACUACGGUAGCAUAGGCUCAGUGAUUGGUCACGAAAUAACGCAUGGAUUUGACGAUCAAGGGAGUCAAUUCGAUAAAGAUGGUAAUUUGCUCGAUUGGUGGGAUCAAGCAACGAAGGAACAGUUUAACAAACGUACCGGAUGUAUCGUUGAGCAAUACAGCAAAUUUUCUCUGCCCGGUACUGAUGUACACGUCAACGGACUUUUAACGCAAGGCGAAAAUAUUGCUGACAAUGGCGGCGUUAAAGAGGCGUAUAAGGCCUAUAAGAAUCGUGUGAAAAAAUCGAGAAAGGACGAGAAAAGACUACCAGGCUUGGAGAAAUACACCAACGAUCAGAUAUUCUUUAUGAGUUUCGCACAGUCGUGGUGUGGCAAAUCAAAACCGGCGGCCGCAAGAGAACUGAUUCUAACGGAUCCACAUUCUCCGCCACAAUUCCGAGUGGAGGGUGCUGCGGUGAAUCAACCCGAAUUUGCUGAAGCUUUCCAGUGCGCAUCAGGCACUGCAAUGAAUCCGGUCACCAAGUGCGAUGUGUGGUAA